CGCAACGCCCCGCGCUGCUGGGACGUGAUCCAGCCCCUGCUCUGCGCCGUCUACAUGCCCAAGUGUGAGGACGGGCAGGUGGAGCUGCCCAGCCAGACCCUCUGCCAGGCCACCCGGGCCCCCUGCACCAUCGUGGAGCGCGAGCGGGGCUGGCCCGACUUCCUCAAGUGCACCACCGACCGCUUCCCCGAGGGCUGCCCGAACGAGGUGCAGAACAUUAAGUUCAACAGCUCGGGGCAGUGUGAGGCGCCGCUGGUGAGGACGGACAACCCCAAGAGCUGGUACGAGGACGUGGAGGGUUGUGGCAUCCAGUGCCAGAACCCGCUCUUCACCGAGAAGGAGCACCGCGAGAUGCACGUCUACAUCGCCGCCUUCAGCUCCGUCACCAUCUUCUGCACCUUCUUCACCUUAGCCACCUUUGUCGCUGACUGGAGGAACUCCAACCGCUACCCUGCCGUCAUCCUCUUCUACGUCAACGCCUGUUUCUUCGUGGGCAGCAUCGGUUGGUUGGCGCAGUUCAUGGACGGCGCCCGCAACGAGAUCGUCUGCCGGGCUGAUGGCACCAUGAGGCUGGGGGAGCCCACCUCCAAUGAAACGCUCUCCUGCGUCAUCAUCUUUGUCAUCGUCUACUACUCGCUGAUGUCGGGUGUCAUCUGGUUUGUCAUGCUGACCUAUGCCUGGCACACCUCCUUCAAGGCGCUGGGCACCACCUACCAGCCGCUGCUGGGCAAGACCUCCUACUUCCACCUCAUCACCUGGUCCAUCCCCUUCGUCCUCACUGUGGCCAUCUUGGCUGUGGCACAGGUGGACGGUGACUCUGUCAGUGGCAUCUGCUUCGUGGGCUACAAGAACUACCGCUACCGGGCCGGCUUCGUCCUGGCACCCAUCGGGCUGGUCCUCAUCGUGGGGGGUUACUUCCUCAUCCGGGGGGUCAUGACGCUCUUCUCCAUCAAGAGCAACCACCCUGGGCUGCUGAGUGAGAAGGCAGCCAGCAAGAUCAAUGAGACCAUGCUGCGGCUGGGCAUUUUUGGGUUCUUGGCCUUCGGCUUCGUCUUCAUCACUUUUGGCUGCCACUUCUAUGACUUCUUCAACCAGGCAGAGUGGGAACGCAGCUUCCGGGAAUAUGUCCUGUGUGAAGCCAAUGUGACCAUCGCCACGCAGACCAACAAGCCCAUCCCAGACUGUGAGAUCAAGAACCGGCCCAGUCUCUUGGUGGAGAAGAUCAACCUCUUCGCCAUGUUCGGCACCGGCGUCUCCAUGAGCACCUGGGUCUGGACCAAGGCCACCCUGCUCAUCUGGAAGCGCACCUGGUGCAGGCUGACAGGGCAGAGUGAUGACCAGCCCAAGAGGAUCAAGAAGAGCAAGAUGAUCGCCAAGGCCUUCUCCAAGCGCAAGGAGCUGCUGCGUGACCCCGGCCAGGAGUUGUCCUUCAGCAUGCACACCGUGUCACACGACGGCCCCGUGGCUGGGUUAGCGUUUGACAUCAACGAGCCGUCGGCUGACGUGUCUUCAGCCUGGGCCCAGCAUGUCACCAAGAUGGUGGCCAGGAGAGGAGCCAUCCUGCCCCAGGACAUCUCCGUCACACCUGUAGCAACACCUGUGCCACCAGAGGAGAGGGCCAACCUCUGGGUGGUGGAGGCCGACCUCUCCCCCGAGCUGCAGAAACGCAGCGGCCGCAAGAAGAAGCGGAGGAAGAAGAAGAAGAAGGAGGAGGAGGAAGAGGUGUCCCCAGGUCUUCAACCCUGCCUGGGGAGAUCCGCAGCUCCCUUGGCCUCCAGCACCGUCCCUCGCCUGCCCCGGCUGCCCCCCCAGCCCUGCCUGGUCACCUUCAACCCUGACGUUCUCCCGGGUCUCCCACCUGAAGCCACCUUCACCCGGGGACCAUGGGACGUCCACCGCAGAGCCAACGUCUUCCACCUCAUCAGCAACCCCUUCUGCCCCGAGAGCGGGUCCCUGGAAGAGGAGGAGAGCCCCGGCCCCAGCAGCGGGCGCUGGCAGCACAAUGGGGGUCCCCUGCGGCCCCCCAGGCCCCUGCUCCAUGGUGGAGGGACAAGGACUCAGGGCCACCGGGCCACCUUGGCCCCCAUCCACUCUCGGACCAACUUGGUGGACGCCGAGCUGCUGGAUGCCGAUUCGGAUUUUUGAGCCUGGUGGGAACCUUGGUGAGGGGACAACCGGGGGUGAGACCCCAAGACCCACCCAGCGUGGGCAGCUCGUGAGGGGACACCAAAGCCACCCUGCCCCUCUACGCAUCCCUCCAGCUUGGCCACAGCUGAUGUUUUUCCCCCUUCAGAGGACAACGUUUCUCCCCACAUCGCCCCAGAUGGAGUUGAUGCACAUCCCAGCCCAGCAGAAGGGGCUUUGGGAUCCCUCUGGCAUCACUGGGAGAAGAGAAACAGACCCCACCCAAGUCCUGCAGGGAUUUGAGGACAAGGGGGACAAUGCCUGUGUCACCAAGGGGGACAGGAGGAGGUGGCCACCCCCAGAGCCAGCGGGCAAGCAUUGAUCAGGAUAGAUUUUGGUGAGCUUUGGGGUGCCAGGAUGCCCUGCCACCCCCUGCCCAUGGCUAGAUGGUACGUAGAGCUUCCAAAAACUGGUGCCAAUAGGGUUUGAGUUUUAAUUUUUCAUUUCUUUUUAAUCUUUGUAUGAUAAUAACACAGGGCGCGGCCUCCCCUCGGGUGCUUGGGUUGAGAGCGGGAUGAGCUGAUCCCCCCCCCAUCCCACCUCACCAGCAGCACCAUACCCUUUUUUCCUUGGGGUGCACCCCUGUUUUUUUCAGGGGUCCCAAGUGCCUUCUAGAUGGGCAGCACAGCGGGUGCUCCCUGAGCCACGAGAAAAAACAAAAACAACCCCCAGACUUUACAAUCCUGGGGCAAGCCAGGCUCACCGUUAUAGAAUUAUAGAAUAGAAUUAUAGAAUCCUAGGGGUUGGAAGGGACCUCGAAAGAUCAUCUAGUCCAACCCCCCCUGCCAGAGCAGGGUCACCUAGAGUACAUCACAUAGGAACGCAUCCAGGUGGGUUUUGAAUGUCUCCAGUGAAGGAGACUCCACAACCUCUCUGGGCAGCCUGUUCCAGUGCUCUGUCACUCUUACAGUAAAAAAAUUUUUUCGGAUAUUCACCUUGAACCUCCUAUGCUCCAAUUUCCACCCAUUACCCCUUGUCCUAUCACUGGUCAUCACUGAGAAGAGCCUAACUCCAUCUCCCUGACACUCACCCCUUACGUAUUUGUAAACAUUGAUGAGGUCACCCCUCAGCCUCCUUUUCUCCAAGCUAAAGAGACCCAGCUCCCUCAGCCUUUCCUCAUAAGGGAGAUGUUCCACUCCCUUAAUCAUCUUAGUAGCUCUGCGCUGGACUCUUUCCAGCACUUCCCUGUCCUUCUUGAACUG